AUGGCCCCGAAUUAUGGCCCUGGCGCCCUUGCCCAGCAUGGCCAGCAGGCACCAUUGACCCCGACAUCCAUGAGCAGGUGGUCCGUCUCCUCAAACCAGCUCCCUCCCGUCGAGGAGAUCAAGGCGCUGCACGUCUACGAUUUCGACAACACACUAUUCAAGACCCCGCUACCCAACCAGAAACUAUGGAAUGGAAUGACGAUUGGUCUCCUAUCCAACCAGGACGCCUUUGCCAAUGGCGGAUGGUGGCACGACUCGCGGAUCCUCGAGGCGACAGGCGAAGGCAUUGAGAAGGAGGAGCCCCGCGCCUGGGACGGCUGGUGGAACGAGAAGAUCGUGGAGCUGGUCAGGCUCAGCAUAAGGCAGAAGGACGCGCUGUGCGUGCUGUUGACAGGCCGGUCAGAAUCCGGCUUCGGCGAGCUGGUCAAGCGCAUCGCUGCCUCCAGGGGCCUGGACUUUGACAUGGUUUCGCUCAAGCCCGCCGUCGGACCCAACAACGAGCGCUUCAACUCCACAAUGCACUUCAAGCAGGUCUUCCUGCGGAACCUCAUGGAGACAUACGGGGCUGCCGAAGAGAUCAGGAUCUACGAGGAUCGUGUCAAGCACGUCAGGGACUUCCGCGACUUCUUCCAGGAGUACAACAAGAGGCUGCAGAUCGCCGGCCCGGGCGCCGCGAGGAGCCCCAUCCUCGCCGAGGUCAUCGAGGUCGCAGACAUGUCCACGAACCUUGAUCCUGUGGUGGAGAUCGCCGAGGUGCAGAAGUUGAUCAACGACCACAACGACGCGGCGUCGGGCCGGACCAAGGCGCGCGAGAAGCUGGUCAUGAAGAAGACGGUCUUCUUCACAGGGUACAUGAUCGACCAGGCAGACACCAAGAAGCUGCUCACCUUGGCGCAGAUCCCCCCGGGGGUGCCGGCCCAGGACCUGAAAUACCACGCCAACAACAUCAUGAUCUGCCCACGGCCUUGUCCGGCUAGUAUUCUGGACAAGGUAGGCGGCAUGGGAAGCAAGAUGAAGUGGGUGGUCACAGGGACAGCCUGCCACGAGAACAGCAUAUGGGCCGCAUGCUUGCGGCCUGUGCCCAGCACCGCGAAGUUCCACACCGACAACCCCAGCCCGCUCGUGGUUCUCGCACUGCGGAAAGGCGCGAAGCCAAUCGACGCUGCCAAGAUCAAGAACUGGCAGCCCGUACCGCCCGACAAGGCUUUCGAGUUCGAGACGACCGUUAACGAGAAGGUGCUCUUGAGGAUCGAGCCUGAGGACCCUAGUGAGAAUGCUUACGAGAGCCUGUUCCCCAACAAAGCAUCUAAGAGAAAGUACGCCGGAGAAGACCACCCUCCGAGCGACCGGGGAGGAGGCCAUUUCAACCAGCGGAGGGACCACUUCAACAACCAGCAUCACAACGGCAAUAACAAUAACAACAACAACAACAACAACAGCCAGGGCGGCGGGGGAAAGAACCGGUCGGCAUUCGGCCAGUUUCGUGGCGGCGGCGGAGGCUUCCGCGGGGGCCAGGGACCCAAGGGGGGACGGGGCGGGGCGCGCAGCCGCGGUGGCCGCGGGGGGCGAGGUAACCACUACCGCUCCCUGGACGACGUCGGCACGCGUGACUUCAGCGGCUCGUCGAGGCCCAGCGGCGGUGCGUCCGGUGGGGGCGGAUCCGAGAACUUGCAGAACUACUACUAG